AUGGUACAGGCCCCAGAUCUGGCCUCAGUGUGUUUCUAUGUGACACUUUAUGUUGAUGCUCCUGAUUGGCCAACAGAGAGCGCUGCAUCACUUGUUCUCAACAGAAUGUUCCAGAAGGAAAUUGAUGAAGAAGAAGAUGACUAUGUUAAUGCUCCAGCCUGGACUGUGGAUAAAGUGGCAGCCCCUCCAGACCAGAGGUCUGUCUUCUUCUCUCAGUCUUUUCCACUGAUAGCAGUGUGUUGGCUGAUACUGGUAGUCAUCAUGGGCCUUCGUAUCUACUUUGAUACACUAAGUCAUCAGAGUGAUGAAAGUGAGCUGGUGGCUGCCAAUCGUAACCUGACAAACCUCAACAACAAACUCAGCUUAGACAAUGAGAAGUUGAGGAGGGACAACAACAAUCUGACAGAACAAAUACAAAACAUGGAGAUAAACUGGAAUAAACUCAACGUCAGUCAAGUGUGUAAAGUUUGUCAGAAUGGCUGGUUACUCAGCGGGUCUAACUGCUAUGCGUAUAAUAACGCUCCUCUUGCUGAUCGAAAAACCUGGGAAGAAGCUCGAAAAGACUGCAGAGGAAAGGGUUCAGAUCUGGUUGUUGUACAUAAUGAAGAGGAAAAGUGUGCACUCAAUGAAUUUAGCUGGGGUAGUUCAGGAACUAAUGGGUACUGGUUUGGCCUGAAAGCUGAAGCUGGGAGAUGGAAGUGGAUUGAUGGAAGUGAUCUGACUGUAAGCUACUGGACACCACAACCACCUCCUCCUGCAACUGAUGGUCAGUGUGUAAUGUCUGUCCAGAACGUAGGAUGGAGAUCAGUGAACUGUGCUGAGAAAAAACAAUGGAUCUGCCAAAAGAAGGCUUUAUCUGUUUAA